AUGCCGGGCACUCGUGAUGUUGAGUUGCCAAAGGAAUGGUUUGAGGAGGUGUUCGGAGUGCCUGAGGGUAAAUACAAAGAGAUGCGGGACGAUUUCGAAGCAGCAGCAGGUUUGCUGAUCUGCAAAAGCACCGGCAAGAUGUUCCAGGCAGGGACCCUGCGAACUCCGACCUUGUCCGAGCUGAAAACGCAAUUGGACAAUGCCAGACAGGAUGGUGAUGGUGGCUACUACAAUGCUGGUGUGCUUAGAUUUACCAACCUGACCAGCGACACGCUGAGCCUAUACCAAGAUCCCCAAAAUGCCGGGGCUGUUUUCCAGGUGUGCUCACUAUUCAAUUGCUUGGAAACUGUUGAUGGCUAUCAUCCCGAGGAUGGCAUCACUCACUACUCCUCCAAGGCCACGCAAGGGGCGAUUUCGUCCAUUGCCUGUCCCGCAGCGGCGUUUUUUAGGAAUUACUUUGUCCACACUACUGGUCAGGGCGCAGGUGGCAGACCCGUUGACUUGCUAGAAGAGCUGGCAAAUGUGGUGCAGAACAACAAGAAAGGCUACUGGACCAUGAAGCAUGGACACUGCCUCCCUUGGGUUGAUGGAAGCAUUGCAAGGCUGAGCCAUAUACUUGCAAACGACCACGAGCUAGAAGCAGAAGCACGACAAGCAGUGCAGGUUGGAGUGCACUGGGAGACCGAGGUGUGGCAGUGUUCACACCAGGUUUGCCAGGUUCUUUGUGGUGCUCUACCAGUUGGAUACCUGAAAGCGGUAAAAGCCAACGAAUGGGCGACAUUUGCUCGAGUCGUGUUGCAGGCUGCCUACGAAGCCACUUUGACCAUCGCCUCAUGCUUGGCUGCGAAGAAGGGGACACGAAUCAAGGUUUUCCUCACAGCAGUUGGGGCUGGAUCUUUGAGCAAUCGCGUGGCCUGGAUUGCAGGCGCUUUGGAGACAGCUUUGGAGAAUUUUGCCCAGGAGCCCUUGGAUGUGGUGCUCGUCCACUAUUCCGCGCCGCUUCCUGACUUUGCGCGGUUAGAGGAAGGCAGAAGGGCUCUGACGCCACCAAUGAGGCCCAUGAGCCCAUCGGUGCAGGACAUUAGUAUUAGCCAGAAUCUGCGAGAUUAUGGCAUAGACGAGCAACCUGAGGACGACUUAAAGGCAGUGAUGAGGGCAGCCUUCUCAAUGCAUGAUCAGAAUGGUGAUGGUGUGUUGGAUCGGGCGGAGUUUUUCAACAUGCUGCACAAGGUAGACAGCGAGUUCUUCACGCAGCAUGUUGUAGACGUGCUCUUGCAGGAGGCCGAUGCCGAUCAAGAUGGUCGGAUAUACUACCACGAGUUUGUCCGGUGGAUUUGCCAGGAAGAUGAAGAGAUCGUCAAGCGAGUCUUACAAUAA